AUGGACGAAUUAAGGGCAUUUUUAAAUAAUCCUUGCCAUUCAAGCCAGGUAACAAAACUUCGAGGUCCACUAACCGGCGGGCAUCGUAUUACGAAGAAUGAUACUAUAAACGAUUUAAACAGACGUGAAGAUCACCGGCAAUCGGUUGUAGAAAGCGGCACCGAUUACGCGUUAGAAAUUAAGGAGAGGGAAAACGAAAUUUACCUAAAGAAUGAAAGGGAGCGGGAGAACUUUGAGAGUAUUUCUGGUGGCUUGGACUCACUGGAACAGCUGUCAUCCUGGGGUGCCUCUAUGCCAAAUGUGGCCAGAUUGACUGAGGAGGCAAUGACUGAAGUGUAUAGCAAGUACUCUUUUCAGAAGAAAGAAGACACUAAAAACCUUGCCAUCAAUGCUUUUCAUGAUGAUAUAUUGAACAGAAUAACAGCUUAUCCAGUAGUUAUAAUUGAAGGACCUACGGGUUGUGGUAAGACAACCCAAGUACCACAGUGGAUUUUAGAUGAUGCAUAUAACAGUAGGAAGCCAUGUAAGAUUGUUGUCACCCAACCGAGGAAAAUAGCAGCUAUAUCUAUUGCAAGAAGAGUGGCCCAAGAGAGGGGAUGGGAUGUUGGUGGGCCUGUUGGUUAUCAGGUUGGUCUUGAGAAUAGAACAACGAAUGAUACAAGAAUUCAUUAUGUAACGACAGGAGUGUUACUACAAAAACUAGUGAAUGCAAAAAAUAUGAAUGAAUAUACACACAUAAUUCUCGACGAAGUCCACGAGCGCGGGCAAGAUAUGGAUUUCCUACUGUUAGUUGUCAAAAAGCUUCUAUACACAGUAUCGCCGACUGUGAAAGUGAUCCUUAUGUCAGCUACAUUCAAUUGCAAGGCAUUUGCGAACUACUUUAUGACACCAACACCGCAGGGGCAGCAAAUGUCCUUAUUCCUAAAAGUAACAAAUGACAAGCCCACUUUCACUGUGAAGACAUUUUAUUUGAACCAUUUAAGUAAAUUCGGUGCAAUUCUGCAACAAGCAACACCGAAAACAGAUGAGCCAGUUAUCUUACCAGAAAUGUACCACCUCGUCAUAAAGUUGGUCAACGCGUUUGAACAGAUUGACAAAAAAGAAGAGUACACAGACAGAUCUGAAGCAAAUCUACCUUCUGUUCUCAUAUUUCUACCAGGAAUAUAUGAAAUUGAGGAGCUCUAUGCAUGCCUCAUGGAUGAUAACUUAAAGAAAAAGAUAGGCGGUGCUGAAUGCGUUUCGUACAAAUGGUGGGUGCUGCCAUUGCAUUCCACCAUCACCGCUGACGAGCAAGUAAGGGUGUUCCAAAGAGCGCCCCCCGGUCACCGAAAAAUCAUUCUCGCCACGAAUAUUGCCGAGAGCUCCAUCACUGUUCCUGAUAUCAAAUACGUAAUUGACUUCUGCCUGAUGAAAAUACUGGUCGCAGAUCAGAACACAAACUUUACAUCACUCCAACUGUGCUGGGCCUCGAAGACCAACUGCGAACAGAGAGCGGGACGUGCCGGUCGUGUGCGGGACGGCCGAGUGUAUCGACUCGUUACGGAUAAGUUUUAUGAUCAGUUUUCACAAGAAUGCCAACCAGAAAUUAUCCGAUGCCCUCUAGAGCGAUUGGUACUUCUAGCCAAAAUGUUGGACAUGGGUCCGCCCAGUGAUAUUCUUGCUCUUGCGAUGGAUCCACCGAACAUGUCCAACAUACUCCGCACCGUACUCGUGCUCAAGGAGGCGGGAGCAUUAAAAAAGACACUGUGCGGCGAAUGGUCUCGAUCAGACGGUGAUAUCACAUACUUGGGUCGUAUUAUGGCCAAGCUACCUCUCGACGUCAAGGUGUCCAAGCUGAUAGUGCUGGGAUAUAUCUUCGGUUGCCUUGAAGAAAGUGUUAUAAUGGCUGCUGGCAUGACUGUGAAGAAUGUAUUCAGUAGCCCCUUCCGAGAGCGUCUGAACGCUUACAACUCCAAGCUAACAUGGGCCGACGGUUCUACGAGUGACUGCAUAGCUAUUUUGAAUGUUUAUAAGGUGUGGAAUCAUCUACGUCAGCAAAAUCACUUCAAACAGCAAGGCACUAGCGAAGUUCAGUGGGCGAGGCGCUUCUACGUGCAAAUACGAGCUCUUAGGGAACUCAACGAUUUGGUCAAAGAAAUACAGACACGCCUAUCGAGGGAAGGAAUUGAUGCCAGAAACGUUACCUCACCUUGGAACAAACAUGAACUUUCUCUGGUACUUAAGGUUAUAUUGGCCGGCGCGUUCUACCCUCAAUACUUCGUGCAAGGGUCAACAGACGGGGAUCGCGAAAGAAACGCGGUACGAGUACUGGGAGGCCUCGAUCCCCGCAACAGUGUGUACCUCAGGGGAUUCCCCGACGGCCAGCCGGUGGAAGUCUACGCGACAGCUAUCAAGAAUAAAGUGAGACAGCAGAUUGGGGAUGAACCCAGAGUGACGUUUGAUAAGAACAGCCGAAAAGUGUACUUGACUUUCCAAGACAACCAAAACUUGAGAAGUGACCAGGGUGGUGAUCCAACCAUACCCGGUCAAGUGUUGUUGCCUGUGUAUAAAUCAAUUAAAGCGAGACAGCUGAGGAUGGAUAUAAGAAUACCUUUGCUACCAAUUGAAAAAGCGGUUGCGCUGGCCGAAGGCAUUGCAGAGAUGAAGAAAAAUACGAAUAUGGACAAAAUGGUGCCGCGGCUGCCUGAAAUUGAUGACACGCAUUUUCCCUUGCAAAUAUCUCAGCUGGUUAACAUCGGCCGUUUCUGGGUGCAAUACGCUGACGAUUCAACAUCCUCGGAACUGCGUUUGAUUCAAACAUCGCUGAACCGCAAGCCCUUGCUCUCGUACACAAGCGCUGUUGCCGUGGAUGCGCUGGUAGCUGCGCCGUAUUCCGACGCCAAUGGUACCUUGUUGUUCCGCGCAAGGAUAACGCGUCUGCUACCUAACAGUAUGAUGGAGGUAUUCUUCAUAGAUUUCGGAAGCAUGGGUCGUGUUGGAUCGAACAGCCUAAGAGAGCUUCCAUUGGGAGAGUGCAGAGAAAUACCUCCCCUAGCGAUGCAGUGUGUGCUAAGCAACAUCGCGCCCUCACCUCUGUUGCAUGCGCAUGCGCAGUGGAGUGCGAACGCUGCGCGACUUUUCACUGACCUGGUCUCCAAGGGUCGGCUUCUGGGGAAGAUUUAUUCGGUAACUCAUGGAAUAACAUCCAUUGAACUGUUGGCUGAAGGGGGAAAGAUUAGCGUUAAUAAGGCGCUUUUAGAAAAAGGUUAUGCAGUCACUAGCGAGGAAAGUUACGAUUCAAAGCUAAAUCACGACCUUAGGCAAGUGGCCACAGAACUCAAUAUGGCUCAAAAGCGUGCAUACAAUAAGGAGCAAACCGAACUAGCGUUCAGCCAAUUGCUUGAAUUCGAAGAGCCUAACUACAAGGACUGUAUCUCGGACGCGUGUCUUAAAGGACCUGAUAGUCCUCUGGAGUCAUCGCUACAUAACCUGAUGUAUGCGAGCCGCGAUAAGCAAGUGCAUGUUGAAUGGAACUCCGUGAACUCUGUUCUUCUUGAUACGCAGCCACAAGAGGUUUACGAAAGAUUGCUGGUAUCGGCAGAAGUAGGUCAGAAUGACGUGAGCAGUAAGCUGACCCUUCGUCACACGACCCUGCUUCCGAACAUCAGAGGUCUGCCCGCCAUCAUUGCGCUACUCUUUUGUCCAGAGGCAGAGCUCCGUCGCGACACCGGCGGGUCUCGUUACGUCAGCGUGCUAUGUGGGCUGGGGAGCUCGGAAGAUAGCUCACCGCGCUUUCCUGAACACGAUAUCCUCGUCAACAUCGACGCAGAACUCAGCAUCGAAGACAUCGGUCUCAUAAAUCACAUACGCCACUUGAUGGAUAAUAUGAUGUUUUGCAACGAAGGCCAAGACAUUCCUACCACCGACGAUGACUUCCGACCUAGAGUUCCGAAUUUGAUACGCGAGGAUCUUAUGCAAUUGCUGCUAAAACGACGCAAACAUCGCGAACCCGAAAUCGUGUUGAACGCGUGGGAGUGGAGGUCCAUACCCGAAGACGAGGUUCUUGAGAUCACUAAGCCAGACUUUGAGGAAAGGGCGGUUGUGUACCCACUUCACGCGCCCAUCGAGUUGUAUCCGAUACCGAGAGAGCAUCUCGUCUUACUGCACAAGGAGAAUGAAGAGCUGAAGAGGGUGGUCGCGAGAACGGUCGUGACGUCAUCAGCGGAGCUCGUUUGCAAGCUGUGCGCAACAACGCCCAUGCCAGCGCACGCGAUGCGCAUACACCUGUGUUCGAACGCGCAUCUCGACAAGGAAGAAGAUUUCCGUCUCCUUGAGUCUUAAAUUAUUCCUUUGGAGACCAAACCACUGUGUUUAAUGCUGCUCUCACUCUACUCCUUACGUGCUUUACACCGUCUUCAUUCAGUAUCGAGACUUCAUUCCGUAAUUCUUAAGCGAUUUUUACGGUUGACACGUUCCGUAUCCUUUCAAUGAGAUUUGCACGUUAAAAUCUUGGUGUUCUUUUAAGUCUUGUCAAACGUGUUAAAGUUUAAAUUUGUACUACUGUGGCUUUGGUACUCCUUUAAAUGAGGAAUAUUACUCAAUUUUACCGUGAUAUUAUAGUGUUUUGAUGCUUAAGAAUUACGAAAUUGCGACUGUGUACAUAUUAUACUACAGGGUGCUAAUGACCCUUUUCACUGGUAAUGCAGUUAGUGUAGUACCUAUAGUGAAGUGCGAUCAGUUUUUUACUAACACUGACUGAAGUGCCAAUUCUAAUAAAAACUACGUCUAAUCAUUGGGUAUGUUAAUCAUUUUUUUUUUACUGUCAGUUUUAAGUGACUGUAAAGUAGUCCGUUAUUGAGUUUGUUGACAAAUAUGCAAUGAUUACUAUAUAUGUAAAAGUUAAACAUAUUAAAUUAUGGCUCUUCUGGGAUAUGAGACCAAAUAGACAUGCAGUCCCGGAUUUCUUGAGAAGUAUUUUUCUUAUAUUAUGAAGGCCGUCUUCAUAUUUUAUUAUAGCAUAUUAACUAGGAGUAAGUAUCCUUCGUAAAAUUCCUUUAUUGUUUUUUUUUAAAUAAGUUUCAAACAUAUUUCACGUACUCAUCGCGUACGGGACACGUAUGACAUUUUUUUUAAUCAAAGGUAUAUUAUCUUUAUCAUUCAUCAUCAUUUUGUUUGUUUUGUUUUAUUUUGUUCCUCGUUACAUUGUAGCACAUUGUUUCCGGAUUUAUAUAUUUGACGACUCAAAUCGUCAUAAUUUUGUGAUAUUACGUUAUUAAUUUAAAGUACUUAUGUAGAUAAUAUCCUAAAUAAUAAGAUAGUCGCAUAGCAUUUUGUAAAAAAUAGUAAAUACAUUAAUAUUGUGGAAAUAAGAUUAAAAUUUACUUACACUUUCUCUAAGAAAACCAACGAUAGAGGAUCUAAUUCAGUUAUACUGUACCCUUAUCUUAACUGACAGUUUUAAAAAUAGUGCUAUUAUUUUUUAACAGGUAAAAUUAUAAACAGAAUAUCACUCUGUCUAUAAUAAUCAAUUAAGAGAUGUGGGUACAAUAUAAUUAGCACCUGUUUCUAUUAAUAACUGAAUGAAAAAAAAUCUAAUAACUGUUCUGUGUUCUCAAGGUGAUAAAAAUAUAUAAGGCUUUUCCGGAGUCUACUAUGUUCCUAUAACAAUUAUCUGCAUAAGAAUUAAAAAAAUGUCCAAAAAUGUGAAAGAUGUAGAUAGAGACUAUUAGAUUUAAGAUUAGAAUCUCUUUGUAUUUUUUUUUCUUUUCUAAACAAAUGCAAACGUCCGACCGGAAUGAAUGCGAUUCAUUAAUGCGAUGGCAUGGCAUAACGCUGCAUUCAUUUCUAUUUUGAUUGCUCGCUGCCACAAACUACAGCAAAACCAAGGCUUCCAAAGUAAAUCCAGGAUAUUGUGCUAAUUUGCUUUUUGGGAUUGACCAAAAAACACUACAUACAUUCGCGUUUUCACUAGCGAAUUAGUGAAAAUAAACUCAAUUCUUAAGUGGAUUAUAUGCAGUCCCGCGCAAAAUCUCACUGAGAAAGCUGACUAGAAAUAUUGAAUGUAACUUAUAACAUGUUUGUCCUUGCUCUUCAAGAUAUGCCUUCCUUUUUGUUGCUUUAAAGGACGAUCACGAAAACAUCAACUUUUCCACUAGCUAACUUAAUUAAAAUAGACAUAAAAUUCGAGAGUGAAGUUCGUAUAUUUUAUGUACACUGACGUCUGAUGUCAGUAUAUUGAUUUUUGUGCCUCUGCGAUUUCACAAACACAACUGCUUUGUUCUCGGAAUCACCCAACAGGUUAUAUUGGUUACAGAAUCAUUCCGUUCGGAAAUCGCAUUCAUUUGGGAGAUGCGUCGCAAUACAUUUAUGUAUUCAUUAGUAUUAUUUUUUUUUAGAAGAAGUCAUUGUUUUGAGUUUUAAUUAUUUGUUAUUACUUUAUAAGAAAGUGAUGAUUACUGUUAUUGUCCUCGGACACAUUUUCUAUAUUAUGUACCUAUUAGGUAAACUAAAUUAGUUUGAUUGAAAAUCAUUACCUAUUUUGAAAAAUAAACUAAU